AAAAAACAGUGGCUUAGGAAACACCAGUGCUGAGAAUUAAGCAUAAUAUUUUCAUCCAAAUGUGGACCAUAAGCAUCGUGUGUUUGGUAUCCUUGGCUCAUGAAACUACCAGCGUUACUCUUGAAGACCUCAAGCAUUUUCUGCACACACACGAGAAGAUAUGGACUCGUUACCGAAGUUUUGAAGUUGGACCGAAGCAUAACUAUCACAGGUGCAUUUAUGCGGAAGUGAGACCAACAGAACAAGGUCACUACGCGUACGCACAGCACUACGAAUUUGGCUACAGAUGGAUCAGUCAGAUGCUUGUCGCCGAAGUCUUCGAGAGCCGUACUAAACACCCUGUGCUGCGUGUGAAGCUGAAGAACGGCAGAACAUAUGAUUACCAUUUGGUCUUUUGGUCUGAUUUGGAGAGGUGUGCUGUUUUUACCAUUUCCGUGAAUGGCAAGCGUAGGUGCGAGGUUCAAGUUUGGAAUGACCAUGUGAAAUACCACCUGCCCAGGUGUCAAAUGACAUACAAAAGGUAUUGCCCGGGAAAUGAAUUUGAAAUAUAUAUGCGUCACUGCUCACCACCCCGACAUUCUCAGUUGGAAUCACACAUGAUUUCAACAAAAUGAUGUUAAUAAAAGUAUUAGUGGUGUUGAUUAAACUA